GCAUCACUGAUUUUGACCCCUCCCACUUUCUUCCCCAAUCGCCAUUGUUGUCUGCUGUUGAUCCAAUGCAAAUGUGACACAGUGCUUCUACUUUUUAACUGAAACCUCUAACUUUACUUUCUCUCUCUUAAAUUAUGUAUAUUUCCUCUUCUUCAACAUCACCAAAUGCUUAUUUAUAUCUUCCCUCGUCACUCACCUCACUCACACACCAUCUUUCUCUCUCUCAUUCACACCAAAAGAACCUUCCCCAAAUCAUUUCCUACCCCCUUUGUUAUCCCCAUUUCAAUUUCAUGUAAAAUUGAAGAUACCCAUUUGCUUAAAUUACUCUAAUUUCUUCUUUCUCUUUGUUAAAUGGGUGCUCGUUAGUUGUUCAAUCUCUUUGUUUUUAACUCUAGCUUCUAGCUUUUGUUUGAGUUCUUUGCAUAGAUCUUGAAGUUUGUUUACGUGUGUAACAUGUAAUUGUUGUUGUGUUUUAACUGCACACCACCUGUUCGACGAAAUUCCUCUAAGAAAAAAACAGGUGAUGGAUCUGGUUUUUGAUCAAGUCAACCGUUAGUUUAAGGAUCUUUAUAGAUGGAGAGUGCUUUGCUAUCGCGUUAAGUUAUUAAAUUGUCGGUUAGCGAUGAAUUCGUUUCGUUAAUUACUUGAUUCUUUGAUUGUUCUUAACAAUAUAUAUUACAUAUUAUAUAUUAUAUACUGUGACUAUUUACUGAUCUCCUGAGAUGUAGUGAUCAGUAACUGCAGAUAUUAGCAAUUUCAUGGAUCUUUCUCAUGGGAAUUGUUAUAUAACAACUAUAUAUGACUCAACAUAACUAUUUCAAUUCUCACUCUUUUAAUGAUGUAAACAAAAUUCUUUAAAUUUCUGCCCAUCUGUAUGCACGUUUUAAACGUAGUUUUCUCGCCUCUCGAACCUUUUCAUCCACUUAAAAUUGCCGUCACAAUAUCCUUCAUAUAUUAAAAGAGACUACAUAAAGGGUUAUAUAACCAAAAUAUCACAUAUUUAUGGAAGAAACAUUCGUACCCUUUCGUGGGAUCAACAAUGAUCUCAAAGGAAGAUUAUUGUGCUACAAACAAGACUGGACAGGUGGCAUCCGGGCCGGUAUCAGGAUUUUGGCUCCAACGACGUAUAUAUUCUUUGCUUCGGCAAUACCGGUUAUAUCAUUCGGGGAGCAACUAGAACGUGAUACCGAGGGAAGUCUAACUGCGGUCCAAACUCUAGCCUCAACUGCACUUUGUGGCAUUAUUCACUCUAUACUUGGAGGUCAACCGCUGCUUAUAUUAGGUGUUGCGGAGCCAACCGUGUUAAUGUAUACGUUUAUGUUCAACUUUGCUAAGGAUCAAAAGGACUUAGGAAAACCUCUUUUCUUAGCUUGGACCGCGUGGGUUUGUGUGUGGACGGCUUUCCUGCUGGUCCUGCUAUCUAUAUUGGGUGCUUGCUCAAUCAUCAAUAGAUUCACACGAGUAGCUGGUGAAUUAUUCGGUCUUUUAAUUGCAAUGCUCUUCAUGCAGCAAGCUAUUAAAGGAGUUGUGGAGGAAUUUGGUAUACCAAAAAGUGAAAAUCCCAGUCAAGUUUCAAUGCAAUCUUCGUGGCGUUUUGCAAAUGGAAUGUUUGCACUGGUCUUAUCAUUUGGCCUUCUUCUUACUUCUAUAAAAAGCCGCAAAGCCAGAUCGUGGCGUUACGGAACAGGGUGGCUAAGGGGAUUUAUCGCGGAUUAUGGGGUCCCCGUUCUGGUGGUCAUUUGGACAGGUGUGUCGUACAUACCGACUAAUAGUGUCCCGGAAGGAAUACCCAGGCGGCUUUUUAGUCCAAAUCCGUGGUCUCCUGGUGCUUACACAAACUGGACUGUUGCAAAGGAUAUGUUGAACGUCCCACUUGUGUAUAUUAUCGGAGCUUUUGUUCCCGCCACCAUGAUUGCUGUUCUUUACUAUUUUGAUCAUAGUGUUGCAUCUCAACUUGCACAACAAAAGGAGUUUAAUUUAAAGAAGCCGUCUUCGUAUCAUUAUGACCUUCUUCUGUUAGGUUUUUUGACUUUACUAUGUGGGCUAAUUGGCAUUCCUCCUGCCAAUGGAGUUAUUCCGCAAUCUCCUAUGCACACAAAGAGCUUAGCUACCUUGAAACAUCAGCUUCUACGCAAUAAACUUGUAUCUACAGCUCGAAGAAGUAUACGCCAAAACUCAAACUUGGGUGAUUUAUACCGAAACAUGCAACAGGCGUACAAUGAAAUGCAGACUCCACUCGUUUACCAGAAUCCAUCAACUCUGGGACUAAAAGAGCUGAAAGAAUCAACAAUACAACAAGCAUCUGCCGGUGGUUACAUCGACGCGCCCGUUGAUGAAACUGUGUUCGAUGUUAAUAAAGACGUUGAUGAUUUAUUGAACAUUGAAGUGAAAGAACAACGGUUGAGCAAUCUGUUACAAGCGUUAAUGGUUGGUGGUUGUGUUGCUGCUAUGCCUCUUCUUAAAAAGAUUCCCACUUCGGUUCUUUGGGGAUAUUUUGCUUUUAUGGCGAUUGAAAGCUUGCCCGGUAAUCAGUUUUGGGAGAGAAUAUUAUUGCUUUUCACCGCUCCAAGUCGAAGAUACAAGGUUCUGGAAGAAAAUCAUGCUACAUUUGUCGAAACCGUGCCUUUCAAGACUGUUGCUUUUUUCACGAUUUUCCAAACGGUUUACUUGCUUGCUUGUUUUGGGAUAACCUGGAUCCCGAUUGCUAGUGUUCUUUUUCCGCUUUUGAUCAUGCUUCUGGUUCCUGCAAGACAAUAUUUGCUUCCGAAAUUUUUCAAAGGUGCCCAUCUUCAAGAUUUGGAUGCUGCUGAAUAUGAAGAAGCACCUUCCACCACCUACAAUAUGGCAUUUGGUGACGAUGAUGUUCAUUCAAGAACAUCUCAAAUUGAUAGCGGGGAAGUACUUGACGGAAUUAUAACAAGAAGCCGAGGAGAGAUCCGCCAUACUAACAGUCCAAAAAUAACAAGUUCAACCCAAACCCCACGAGAAAUGCAGCCUUCAUAUAGCCCACGUGUGUCACAAAGUUCAUAUAGUCCACAUUUGCAUGAGGUACGAGUCGACAGGAGGUCGAGAUCUCCAGGAAAAGGGAUAGAAAUCAAGCAAACUCCAAGUCCUGGUCCAUCUCAUCUUGGUGACACUAGUAAAGGUUCUUCCUCCUGAUUUUUUUUUCACAAUUUCUGUAUGUUUGUAAGAUGGUAAGAGUUGUAUAUUUUCUGAGUGUGUUUAUUUUAUUGCACGUGUAUUUUCAUAUGGGCAGGAAAAACUAAUCAAAUUUAUAAUGAAAUAAUGUUUUUUUCUCCUU